UAAGGGGAAGAGCCGGGGGGCAGCCGGGAGAGUCGGCGGUCGCCGCGGGCCGGGCCGGGUCCUCGCCGCCCUCGGAGCCAUGCUGGGGCGCGGCGCCGCGCGCGCGCUCGGGGCCCUGCGCGGCCUGCGGGGGGGCGCGCCGCCGGCCAGGAGCCUCGGCCUCUCGCGGAGGUUGCUUUCUUUUAAGAAAGUCCUUGAUAAGGACCAUUUUCUCCCCAAACCCUGCUGGGGCAAGGACAUGAGACGCCUCUUUGACCAGUUCACGAAGAAAUGUGAAGAUGGCUCCUGGAUACAGUUGCCUUCAUAUGAGCAUAUAUCAUCUCAAAGGAGUCAAGACUUCUCAGCCUUUAUUCAUGCUUAUUUCCCUUCAGCCUCCGAGGUUAUAAACGAAAAACUGUCGCAGGCCCAGCUCUUCACCAGAGGCUUCGAGGAUGGCAUGGGCUUUGAAUAUGUGAUGUUCUAUAAUGAGGCUGAGAAAAGGAUAGUUUGUGUGUUUCAAGGAGGUCCUCACCUGCAAGGAAUGCCUGGAUUCUUUCAUGGAGGUGCCACUGCCACCAUAAUUGAUGCUACUGUUGGUAUGAAUGCAAUUGUAUCUGGGGGAAUUGUCAUGACUGCCAAUCUCAACAUCAAUUUUAAAAGUCCUAUCCCCCUUUGUUCUACUGUUUUGGUAAAUAGCCAACUUGAUAAAAUUGAAGGAAGGAAACUGUUUGUGUCCUGUAAAGUUCAAAGUAUUGAUGAGAAGAUCCUAUACACAGAGGCAACAAGCUUAUUUAUAAUGCUGGAGCCUAAAAAAAAAAAGUAUGACUUAAAAGAAGCUGUGUUGAAUCCUCUACCUGCUUAAGGCUCUCUGUUCUCCACAAGAGGCUGUGUUCCCCAGUCCUGCUCUGCUUGCCCACUAUGAUCUCCCAUACGGUGAAGCCUGCUGACACUGCCUUCCCGAACAGUCUUCUGAAUAUAACUCCAGGAGCUUUGUUCCACCUUCUACACUUCCUAACACAGAAGCACUUCCUAUGAGAAUCUCAGCACUCAGAAUUGCUGUGUGCUUAGAAUAGAUGUUUUUCUUGCAAUUUGAAUGGACUCCUUAAGGUGAUAGCUGCAAACUUGGAAACUCCAGAAAACCAAUACGUGCAUGCAUAUAUGCAUGUGUGUCUAAUGUGUGCAUUCAUGAUUUGUAAAUUCCAAAGCUAAUUUUAUUGUGUCUAAAAUCUUUUUGAGCUCUAGCCAGUUUGGCUCAGUGGAUAGAGCAUCAGCCUGCAGGGUCCCAGGUUUGAUUCCGGUCAAGGGCU